AUGGAAGAUGAAAAUGAAGUUGAAAAAGAUAUACCAAAAGAAGAAAUUUCACUUUUAAAUAAAAUUUUAAACAGUCGACUGGAAGAAUUAAAAAAAGGUACUGUUGAAGUUUUAAGUCAACAACAAAAUCCUGAUUCACCAUUAUACUCAGCAGAUAGUUUUUAUUCAUUAAGAUUAAAAAAAGAAUUACUUGAUCGACUUCCUGAAAUAAAUUAUUUAAUGCCUUCUAAUAUUCAAGGAACUGCAUUACCAUUAUUAUUACAAGAACCUCCUUAUGAUCUUAUAGCACAAUCACAAAGUGGAACAGGAAAAACAGCAACAUUUGUUUUAACAAUGCUUCAUAAAAUUAAUAUAUCUGACAUGGAACCACAAUGUAUAUGUAUGGCACCAACAUUAGAAUUAGCCAAACAAAUAGGUGAAGUAGUAUCAUCAUUAGGUAAAAAAAUGGAAGGACUUAAAAUAUUUUAUGCCAUCAAAGAUAAUCAUCCUACAGAAUCAAUUAAAAGUCAUAUUGUUAUUGGAACACCAGGAACUGUUUAUAAAUUAAUAACUAAAAUUCCCAUAAGAUUAAAUCUUUCAAAUAUAAAAUGUUUUGUAUUAGAUGAAGCUGAUGUUAUGGUAUCUACACAAGGUUAUCAAACUAUGUCUGUUCUUAUUCAUAAAAAAAUUUUAUUUCAAAGUCCAAAAGUACAAACAAUGCUUUUUUCUGCAACAUUUGAAGAGAAUGUUAAAAAAUUAGCAACUGCACUUGUACCAAAUGCUAUUAUUUUAUCUAUUAAAAAAGAAUUAUUAGCUCUUGAUAAUAUUAAACAAUAUUAUGUAAAAUGUGAUUCUAGAGAAUAUAAAUAUAUGGCUUUAUGUAAUUUAUAUGGAGCUUUAACUAUUGCUUCAACAAUAAUUUUCACUCAUACAAAAGCUAGUUCAGAUUGGAUAACAUAUAAAUUAGAAGAAAGAGGAAGAAAAGUAUUACGUUUACAUGGAAAUUUAACAUCUCAACAACGUAUUAAUACCGUUAAAGAUUUCCGUGAUGAGAAAGCAAGAGUUCUUGUUACAACAAAUGUUGCUGCUAGAGGAUUAGAUUUUCCUCAAGUUACUUUAGUUAUAAAUUAUGAUUUACCAUUAGAUAAUAAAGGAGAUCCUGAUUUUGAUGUUUAUUAUCAUCGUAUUGGUAGAACAGGAAGAUUUGGUAAAUUUGGUAUUGCAAUAAAUUUUAUUGAUUCUCAAAAAAGUAUGGAACAAAUGUUAGCAAUUCAAAGUUAUUUUAACAAAGAAAUUGUUUCUCUUGACCCAGAAAAUUUUGAUGAAGUUGAAGCUAUUCAAAAUUCAUAA